GUUUGGGGGGCGGUUGUGAGUUAGGAGGAGAAGCCUGGGGGCCGGCGCGUUCCUUUGUAAGUUUCUUCAGUCCCAGGGAAGACAGAACUUCCUGACUCAGAAAGACAAUCUUGGAAACAUGUGGAAUGAUAUUGAGCUACUAACAAGUGAUGACACCGGAAGUGGCUAUCUGAGUGUUGGUUCAAGAAAAGACACUGCUUUGUACCAAGUAGAUUUGCUUGUGAAAAUCUCCUCUGAAAAGGCCUCAUUAAAUCCAAAGAUAAAAGCAUGCAGCUUAAAUGAUGGGUUUAUAAUUGUAGCUGACCAAUCAGUGAUACUACUGGACAGUAUUUGUAAAUCACUUCAAUUACAUCUUAUAUUUGAUACUGUAGUGGACGUAGUUGGCCUGUGUCAAGAAGGAAAGUUUCUCUGGGUGGGGGAGAGAAGUGGUUCCUAUUACAUGCUGCUUCUUACAAACAAUGGAUUUUUUUAUAUUACAAAUAUUCAGCUUGAAAAAAUCCAACAAGCAAUUGAGAAUGUAGACCUAGAAAUAGCCAAAAAGUUACAAGGACAGAUCAAAUCCAGUUUUAUUUCUACUGAAAAUUAUCACAGUCUUGGUUGUCUCAAUCUUGUGGCUGGUGAUUUGACAAGUGAAACUCCUGUGAUAAUUGGGGGAACUGGUAAUUAUGCACUUUCAAAAUGGGAACCAGAUUCUACUAAAAAAGAAAUGACGGUUAAGAACCUAAUUGAUACAGAGAUUAUUAAUGGAGCAAAGAAGUUCCAGCUGAUUGACAACCUACUUUUUGUGCUGGACACUGAUAAUGUGCUGAGUUUAUGGGACGUUUAUACUCUCACACUCAUAUGGAAUUGGCCCUCCAUUUGUGUAGAGGAAUUUCUCCUUACCACUGAAGCAGAUUCUCCUUCCUCAGUUGCCUGGCAAGGAAUUACAAACCUGAAAUUAGUAGCCCUGACGACUACAACUAAUAAGAAGAUGAAAAACCUGAUGGUUUAUUCAUUACCUACAAUGGAAAUACUAUAUUCUUUGGAAGUAUCUAGUGUUUCCUCUUUGGUUCAGACAGGAAUUAGCACAGAUACUAUAUACCUUCUGGAAGGAAUAUUCAACAGUGAUCCAAACAUGCCUGAAGAUUCUGUGUGUGUCUUGGUAGUCAGGUAUCUUACGGAAGCUUUACCAGAAAACAGAUUGAGUCGGUUACUGCACAAGCACCGAUUUGCAGAAGCGGAGAGCUUUGCCAUUCAGUUUGGACUGGAUGUUGAGCUUGUUUACAAGGUAAAAUCCAAUGAUAUAUUGGAGAAACUGGCUUUGAUUUCUGUGGAUACCAGUGAGCAGACCAAAUGGCAGCAGCUUGUGGAUAAGGCCAAGGAAAAUCUACAUAAAAUCCAGGAUGAUGAAUUUGUGGUCAAUUACUGCCUGAAGGCCCAGUGGGUAACUUACGAAACAACCCAGGAAAUGCUUAAUUAUGCCAAAACCAGGCUUUUGAAGAAAGAAGAUAAGACUGCUCCAGCCUAUUCCGAUGGUUUGAUAGAGGUGCUAAGGGCUCAUGCAAAAUUGACUACUUUUUAUGGGGCAUUUGGUCCAGACAAAUUCAGCGGUAGUUCUUGGAUCGAAUUCCUGAAUAAUGAAGAUGAUCUUAAAGAUAUCUUUUUGCAGCUAAAAGAAGGAAACAUUAUGUGUGCUCAGUAUCUUUGGCUUCGACAUCAGGCAAACUUUGAAAGCAGGUUUGAUGUGAAGACCCUUGAGAAUUUGCUCAACUCAAUUUCUACACCAGUCUGUCUGCAGAGACUUUGUCCAUGGCUUAAAAAUGAUGUGAUUCCGUUUGUGAGAAGGACGGUGCCUGAAGGACAGAAAAUACUUGCAAAAUGGCUGGAGCAGGCAGCCAGGAACCUUGAAUUGACUGAUAAGGCAAACUGGCCGGAAAAUGGACUGCAGCUGGCCGAAGUAUUUUUCACAGCAGAAAACACAGAUAAGCUGGGCUUGACUUCCUCUUGGCAUUGGAUUUCCCUGAAAGAUUACCAGAACACGGAGGAAGUAUGUCAGUUACAGACUUUGGUAAAAAGCUUGAGAGAGCUGAUCACACUGCAUAGGAAAUACAACUGUAAAUUGGCCCUGUCUGAUUUUGAGAAGGAAAAUGCAACCACCAUAGUGUUCCGAAUGUUUGAUAGAGUGUUGGCUCCACAGCUCAUUCCCUCUGUUCUGGAGAAGUCCAUCCGGGUUUACAUGAGAGAGCAUGACCUACAGGAGGAGGAGCUUCUCUUGCUCUACAUUGAGGACUUACUCGGGAGGUGCAGCUCGAAGUCUACAUCGCUCUUUGACACUGCUUGGGAAGCAAAGGCCAUGGCAGUAAUAGGAUGUCUGUCUGACACAGACCUCAUAUUUGAUGCUGUGCUUAAAAUCAUGUACAAGGCGGUCGUCCCCUGGAGCGCAGCUGUGGAGCAGCUGGUCAAACAGCACCUGGAGAUGGACCAUCCCAAGGUCAAACUAUUGCAGGAAAGUUACAAACUUGUUGAAAUGAAAAUGCUUUUACGGGGCUAUGGAAUAAGAGAGGUGAAUCUCUUAAACACCGAAAUAAUGAGGGUGAUCAGAUACAUUCUCAAGCAAGAUGUUUCGUCCUCCUUAGAAGAUGCAUUAAAGGUGGCUCAAGGGUACAUGUUGUCUGCUGAUGAGGUCUAUAGUCUAAGAAUGAUCGAUCUGAUUGAUAGAGAACAGGGUGAAGACUCUGUCCUCCUGUUGCGGUCCUUGCCACCCUCUGAAGCUGAGAGAGCUGCUGAGAGAGUUGUCAUCUGGGCUCGUCAGGCAUUGCAAGAAGAACCAGACGAUUCUAAAGAGGAGAAGGCCUGGAGAAUGUCUGUGGCGAAGACAGCAGUAGACAUUCUAAAAAUUCUUUACAACAUUCAAAAAGACAAUCUACAGAAGAAGGAUGAGUGUGAAGAAGUCUUGAAACUAUUUAAGGUGGUUGCUGGUUUACAGGAGAACUUCGAGGUCUUUCUUCCAUUUGAAGAUUAUAGCAACAGUGCCCUGGUAGCAGAUCUUUGUGAACAGCACAUUAAAGCUCACCAGGAUGCCCAGGAGAACAAAAUUAAAAGCACCUUUGGGCCCAAAGCCACCCAAGGGCCAGGCCUGAACACCCAGUCAAAGCUGCACAGACAGGCACUAGCCCUGCAGAUGUCUGCCCAAGAACUAGAAUCAGAGCUAGCGCUGAGAGCCCUGAAAGAUGGAAAAGUUGGGACAGCACUGAGCAAAUGCAGAGACUUAGUUAAGUAUCACUGCAAUGCUGACACUGGAAAAUUGCUGUUUCUGGCCUGUCAGAAGCUUUGUGAGAUGUUGGCUAAUGAUGUCCCCAUGACAGCUCCCGUGGAACUGAAUCUUCCCACUGAGAUUCAUGGUCUCGCAUGCCAAGCGGCCGCCAUCUGCAGUCCAGAUUUUUUAUUAGAUGUGCUAGAACUGUGUAAAUACACUCUCACUGCUGUGGAACUUUGCAGACAAUGCCAGAUGGAUAACUGUGGAGUGCUAAUGAAAACUUCUUUUGGAACUCAUAAGGAUCCAUAUGAAGAGUGGUCUUACAGUGACUUCUUCAAUGAAGAUGGCAUUGUUCUUGAAGCACAGGUGGUGCUACCCCUUAUUUAUGAGUUUAUUUCAACCCUGGUGCCUCUCACAGAAAGCAGAAGAUAUCCCUUGGAAUCUACCAGUUUACCAUACUGCUCCAUUAGUAAAGGAGACAAUUUUGUUCUACCCAUUCAAAGUUCCAUCAUUGCACUGCUUCAGAACCUUCAGGAAUCGAGCCAGUGGGAAUUGGCCCUAAGAUUUGUGGUUAGUUCCUUUGGGUCCUGUCUCCAGCACUCUAUGUCAAACUUCAUGAACGCCAGUUUGAGUGAAAAGUUACUUGGAAAGAGCACAUUACUUAAUUUAAAGAAUGCUGUCCUGGAAUUGAAAGACAAGUCUGUUAUGUUUAUCAGAGGAAAUGCCACAACACUACUGCACAAAGUAUUUAAUUGUCGCCUAGUGGACCUCCACCUUGCCUUGGGUUACUGUACUCUAUUGCCUCAAAAAGACGUGUUUGAAAACCUGUGGAAGCUCAUAGAUAAAGCAUGGCAGAAUUAUGACAAGAUUCUGGCACUUUCUUUGGUGGGCUCUCAGCUGGCUAGUCUCUAUCAGGAGGUCCAAAUGGGGCUUCGAUUCCACGAAGUCAGUACUGACGCCCAGUGGGGAAUUCGUCUCGGAAAACUUGGCAUUUCUUUUCAACCAGCCUUUAGACAAGACUUUCUCACCAAGAAAGAAUUCACGAAAGCUCUUGUGGAGAACAUUGAUAUGGACACAAGCCUCAUUCUGGAAUAUUGCAGCACAUUUCAGUUGGACUGUGAUGCAGCCCUCCAGCUUUUCAUUGAAACUCUUCUCCACAACACCAAUGCCAGCCAAAGCCAGGGAGAUGCCGCCCAGGUGUCUGCCAAGAGGCAGCAUUCCAAAUUCCUGGCCAAAGCCAUCGAGAUGGUGCCUUUACUCACCAGCACAAAGGAUUUGGUCAUCAGUCUUAGUGGAAUACUGCGAAAGUUGGAUCCCUAUGAUUAUGAGAUGAUUGAAGUUGUCCUGAAAGUUAUAGAGAGAGCUGAUGAAAAGAUAACCAAUAUUAAUAUUAAUCAGGCAUUGAGUCUCCUGAAGCACUUGGAGUCAUACAAAAGAAUUUCCCCUCCUGUGGACCUGGAGUACCAGUAUAUGCUGGAGCAUGUGAUAACGCUGCCCUCGGCUGCCCAGACUAGACUGCCUUUUCACUUAAUAUUGUUUGGCACGGCACAGAACUUCUGGAAGAUUCUCUCUUCUGAGCUCAGUGAGAAGUCUCUCCCCACGCUGCUCUUAAUCUCCAAGUUGAUGAAGUUCUCACUAGAUACUCUCUACAUGUCUACUGCCAAGCAUGUUUUCGAGAAAAAUCUGAAGCCCAAGCUCCUGAAAUUAACCCACACCAAGUCCUCAGUGCUAAAGAACAAGGAGAUAGCCAAGAUCACUCAGACCAUCGAGUCCUACCUGCUGUCCAUAGUCAACCCGGAGUGGGCUGUUGCCAUCGCCACCAGCCUCACCCAGGAAGUCCCAGAAGGUUCUUUCAAGAUGUCUAGUUUGAAGUUCUGCCUUUAUUUAGCUGAGAGGUGGCUGCAGAACAUCCCGUCUCAGGAUGAAACGCGUGACAAGGCCCAGGCUUUGCUGAAGAAGCUUCAUGUCCAGUUCCAGCGUUCCGGCACAGAAGCCGUGCUCAUCAACCAUAGGCUGAACACUCCCGAGUACCUAAGAGCGAUAGGAAAGCCAGCACACCUCAUUGUUAGCCUCUAUGAACACCCCAGCAUAAUUGAAAGGAUGCAGAAUUCCUCGGGCAACAACUAUCCCGAUAUUCACACCAUAGCUAAAGAAAUAGCUGAAGUCAAUGAAAUUAAUUUAGAGAGAAUCUGGGACAUGUUAUUGGAAAAAUGGCUGUGUCCCUCAACAACACCAAGGGAGAAACCAUCAGAAUUAUUUGAAUAUCAAGAAGAUGAAACACUACGAAGAGUUGUAUAUCUCCUCUUGUCUCGUCCGAUUGAUUACAGUUCAAGAAUGCUGUUCAUGUUUGCAACAUCAGCUACAAGUACAUUGGGCAUACGCCAGCUAACUUUUUCUCACAAAAAACGAGCUCUUCAGUGUCUCCUAUGUCUGGCUGAUAAGGAAACUGUAGAAUCUCUCUUCAAAAAACCUAUUGAAGAAGUCAAAUCCUAUUUGAAAUGUAUAACCUUCCUGGCAUCAUUUGAGACACUGAACAUCCCCAUCACAUAUGAGUUAUUUUGCAACAGCCCUAAAGAAGGAAUGAUUAAGGGCCUGUGGAAAAACCACAGCCACGAGCCACAGGUGGUGAAGUUGGUAGCAGAGCUUUGCUUAGAAUACAAAAUCUAUGACCUGCAGCUUUGGAAUGGACUCUUGCAGAAGCUUCUCGGCUUCAACAUGAUUUCUUAUCUAAAGAAAGUUUUAAAAGCCAUCUCCGGUAUGCAUUCAUUAUGGCAGGUCCCCUACUUCAGCAAGGCCUGGCAGCACGUCAUCCACAUCCCUCUCCUCUCAGCCUCUUGUCCUUUAAGACCCGAUCAGUUAGUAGACUGUUGUGAGAGUCUGGUCGCUGUCCUAGAAUGUCCUGUCUCAGACGAUCUAGACAUGAUGGGAGUCGCCCGGCAGUAUGUCCAGUUAGAGCUCCCGGCCUUUGCAUUGGCUUGUCUCAUGCUCAUGCCCCACUCAGAGAAAAGACACCAGCAAAUUAAGAAUUUUCUGGACUCGUGCAAUCCUCCAAUCAUUUUGCAGCAAUUAGAAGAGCAGAUGAACACUGGCCAUUUAGCAGGAUUUUCCCACCAAAUUAGAAGUCUGAUACUGAAUACUAUCAUAAAUAAGAAGGAGUUUGGGACUUUGGCAAAGACAAAAUACUUUCAAGUGUUGAAGUUGCAUGCAAUAAAUACCAACAACAACAUCACUGAACUAGUCAACUAUUUGGCAAAUGACGUAAGCUUAGACGAAGCAGUGGCCUUGAUCACAGAAUAUUCAAAACAACGUGGGAAACCUGUGCCUGUAGCUGGGGCCCCCUGUGAAGUCCUGGAGAUGUUUCUUAAUGGAUCCUGAUAAUCCAUCAAAGCACUUUCAAAAGAAGGAAAGUGUGAGUUUUGCUACUGUUUAAAAAAUUUAAUAAGUUUGAGAACUUACUGAACAUAUUAACUUAUUAAAACUGUAAACUAAGUUUAAACACUUGA